AUGAAUAUCACGCAUUUUUCUGGCAUACUAACCCUUGCUGCCCAUGGUAUUGCUGCUGGCCCGACCAAGAUCCUCUACCACCACUAUGUGGGGAUCCUGAUUGUGGAGACCCAAGGUGGGAGCUUGUGGGCGUCACAUACUGUGGUGAGUUACUGUAAGACCCGCGAGUAUCGAUUUGUGGACGGGAUGGUCGACGUGAACCACGAAUUUCCGCGCCGCGCAUACUGUGCUUUUGAAAAGUAUCCCGUUUCCGACUAUCACUUUCGGUAUUUUGUUUCGGGUUCCCAGCAUCAAAACUCGGGAUGGGGCGGAGAGGGGACGGGGAGCGUCAUGCCGAGGCUUCAGAACGGAGAUCCGUUGGUCGAUAAUCCUUCCCACGUGGAAUGGGGGCUCUUCUGGGAGAAAAAUUGCGAUCAGAUCGACCCCGGCCUCUCUCAGGGCGGUCUGGAUUACGACCGUCUCGCCGCUUGGGGCGGGGGUGCGGCUGCAGUCGUGAUGGCGAGAUGCUCCGACUUCGUUUCCGUUUGGGUGGCGGGGCAGGGGAUUGUGGUGGUGAGCUAUCUUUCGGGUCACCUCGAGAAUUUACCUGGCCCUCUGACUGACGCGUAG